GACGUCACUGUUAGGCAAUGCUAGGCUAGGCUAACUGACUUUCAUCAGCUGGCCGUGUUUCUCAGCACGUCCGCCAAAAAUCUCCUUUCACACAUUUUUAACGAAGAAAAACGACAUGAAUUUGAUAAGAUCCCGACUUUGCUUCGGAAACAUCUUGGGCGAGCAGUGCAGACGUGUCACAGGAACAUGGAUGCACAGAGGGAUGAGCAACAAACCACAAGAAGUCAAAGCAGACUCCCCGCCUGCAGCUCCAGUACCAGCAUCUCCUCACCUGGGCUUCAAGACCCCAGGCUACAAGCCCUCGCCCAUGGACAGGAGGAUUCUGAUGUGGUCGGGACGCUACAAGCGAGCAGAGGACAUACCAGAGUUUGUGGCGUUUGAAACGCUGGAUGCUGCCAGAAACAAAUUCCGAGUAAAAGUCUGCUACUUGAUGAUAGCGGCAACGAUAGGUGGAUGUGUGUUGAUGGUCAUCACGAGCAAACGGGCUGUCGCCAGACACGAGUCCCUGGCGGAUCAGAACUUGAAGCAGAAGGCUAAAUGGAGGGAGGACCUCCAGAGAGAGCAGGACGCAGCGGCUGCUUUGUCUGACAAGGCCCAGUAGGGAACCUGGAUCACCACUGGGCAGACGUUUCUUCAGUGAGUAGAACAGGAUGACCAGUCUGUUACAGAAAGAAAAAACUGUUAAGUAUUUGAGAGCAGCUGUCACAGGUUGCUCGUGCUGUGGUCUGUUUUUGUACAUGCAAGGGAGGAGUAAAGGAAGAUGUCAUUAAAGGAGUACAAUAAGGUGUUUCACUCCGUGCUUGAUGAGAUG